AUGUCUUCUUCCGAAGAAGAUCCUGUCGUCGCCUCCUACGAUGUCUUCCUCACUGACUCGGAGAUCUCUCGCUAUGUCUUCCAAUAUCUCGAUCGAAAUGUCGACCUUCCUUACAACGAGAGCAAUCACCAACGCCCAGUCCAGCUUAGGAUGAAACCGCGCACUGGGCUAGUGGAGGUUGAGGUUCCUCUCAGCACCCGUGCCAAUUACGAUGUGAACAAGGGCUUGCGCUACGGCGAGGCAAUAAAAAAGAGCCGUUCUGCGCGCGAUGGUGGCGCUUAUGGCAUGGCAGGUGGAUUCACCGCCGGCAGUGGAGCUGCAGCCUCAGGAGGCAGAGUUAAAAUGGAAGCGGGCGGCGACGUGGAAAUCCUGGAGAAUAAGAGGGUUGUGGAUUCCAACGCAUUGAUGCGAACACAGGCCUUGGCAGGUCGGAUAAAGCCUGCAGAGGAAGGCGAUCCAGUGUACAUGCUAGCCGCUUUCAAAGAUAACAAUCUACAUCUAUCCCCGGUCUCAUCGGUGAUCCAAUUCCAGCCUCAACUUCACCACCUGGAUGCUUUGGACGAAAUGCCAAAAGCCAAAGGCUCCCGUGCUAAAAAGGACGACGAAGAACGCCCUGCCGAGACCGAGGCUCGCGCAAUCGAUAUUAAGGUCAAGGCUGCUGAAGAUGGCGAAGCGGCUACGAAUGCCGGUAAUCUGGAUCUUUUGAAGCAAAUGCAAGAAGAAAAAUGGAAACAGUACGAAUGGAUUGAUGCUGAGACCGAGGAUGCAUGGUGGACAUAUGAAAGCUUCAUGCUGCAUGAAAAUACAGAUCAACUUCCGUCGCUGGAAGCAAAAAUGGAUUCAGAAGAGUAUCUGGAUAGAAUGAGCGCUCCAAGGAUCGAUCCUGCACGCCCUGACCUGACUGGAUGGGCCAUGAAAGAGAAUCGACAGAGGCAACGAGCGGCCCAAGGACACGGCGGAAACGAUCAAUGA